AUGAAGGGCAGGAAAGAUUCGGGAUUUAGUGCUGAAACGGCCGUCUCUACGAGCUUCUCCCAUUCUUCCACGGCUGGGGAGAAUGGCGAGGUCAAGACGCGGGAUUUCGCUGCCAUGGCUGAGCAGGAGGAUGACGAGGGGAGUUCUGGAAAGCCUGGAAGGUCUGGUAAGCCUGUUAGGACGGCUGGGAGGAGUAAUGCGAUCGCGAACAAGGCUACCGAGACCCGGGAGAUGGCGGAAACGGCGAGGAAGACGCCACGAACUCCUGCAACGAGCGUAGCGAUCAAGGCAGGCAAAGACGACGGUCUCGUCUUCGGCCUGCGGCGUCUGAAAGUCACGGCCUUCUCGAAAGUGGCUGGAGGCAAAGCUUGA